ACGACGACGUUGUUGUUGGCUUCAGAGAGACGCAGAGCCGAAGAAGAGAGGCCGUGCAACAGCUCGGUAUCUUUGAUUUUCUUCUUCCCAGCCAGCGUCGGAAGGGACACGAGGUACUCCGCGUUCUUCACCCCGCACAGCGGCAGCGUUCGCUCUGGAUAGGAAGAAGAGGAGAAGAAGGAAGAGAGGGAGAGAAGAGACCUGACCUGACCCGAGCGGAGGACGGAGAGGACUGUUAGUGUAAGAGUUAACAGAUUGCAAGAGUGGUACAUUAGGCUGGUAUUUGAUUGCGUGAAAGUCGUAGGAAGCGUCGAUCCUGCUUAGCGAUUUCAAAUACCUUGUCAGCGGUUUGCGCAAGAGUGCAUUUGGGGCGUGCAGUGCGCGGCCGUGUCGCUGAUAAUCUUGGGUUUGGGUGGGGGUGGCGGGGUUUGCGCGUUACAGGUAUUGAGGACUCGAGGAAGGAGGGAGAGUCAGGGAGAGUGAGUGAGGGAGGGAGGAGGAGGAGAGCGGAGAGCUUGGCGGUUGGCUUGCUUGGAGGGAGAGCGAGUCGAUUUUCGAGAGAGGCGGGCGCGAGCUCGAAGGUGGUUAGAUUAUAGCAGUUGCUUAGGGUUCACAGGAAGGAAACAGGGAGGUAGUGUGGUGGUGGUGGUUCUUGCGUGGCUGUCGAGAUUCGAUUUGAGUGCUGAGCUUUCUUGUCAAGAACUACCUGCGCCUCCGGCUUCCUUUUUCGUUGAGAAUCCAGGUUUCCACUGUCGCUUUCAAUGGGAGAGGCCAAGGAAGGAGACACCUACCAAGAGGAGCUUCUGGAUUACGAUGAGGAAGACCUAGAGACAGCCCCUGAGGCAGUCGCAGCGAAAGGAACCGGAGAGACCGUUAAAAAGGGAUACGUGGGAAUUCAUAGUUCGGGAUUUAGAGAUUUCCUUCUGAAACCUGAACUUCUCCGUGCCAUUGUGGAUUGUGGAUUUGAACAUCCAUCUGAAGUUCAACACGAAUGUAUACCACAGGCCAUCCUUGGUAUGGACGUCAUUUGCCAAGCGAAGUCAGGAAUGGGAAAGACCGCGGUGUUUGUAUUAUCCACCCUUCAGCAGAUCGAGCCAGUACCAGGCCAAGUUGCUGCUUUAGUAUUAUGUCACACUCGUGAAUUAGCGUACCAGAUUUGCCACGAGUUCGAGAGGUUCAGUACCUACCUCCCAGACAUCAAGGUGGCUGUCUUUUAUGGCGGUGUCAACAUCAAGACCCACAAGGAUCUUCUAAAGAAUGAGUGUCCACACAUUGUUGUGGGAACACCCGGGCGCAUCUUAGCCUUAACCAGGGACAAGGAUCUGAGUCUCAAAAGCGUGAGACACUUCAUCCUGGACGAGUGUGACAAGAUGCUGGAGUCUUUGGACAUGCGGAAGGAUGUACAGGAAAUUUUCAAGCUGACACCCCAUGACAAGCAAGUCAUGAUGUUUUCGGCUACUCUCAGCAAAGAGAUCCGUCCAGUCUGCAAGAGAUUUAUGCAAGAUCCUAUGGAGAUUUAUGUCGACGACGAGGCGAAGUUGACACUGCACGGUCUAGUGCAGCACUACAUCAAGCUAAGCGAAGUGGAGAAGAACAGGAAGCUGAACGACUUGCUGGACGCCCUCGACUUCAACCAGGUGGUCAUUUUCGUGAAGAGUGUUAGCCGAGCUGCAGAGCUGAACAAGUUGUUGGUGGAGUGCAACUUUCCAUCCAUCUGCAUUCACUCGGGAAUGUCACAAGAAGAAAGGUUGACAAGGUACAAGGGUUUCAAAGAAGGACACAAGCGUAUUCUUGUAGCCACAGAUUUAGUCGGAAGGGGAAUCGAUAUCGAGCGGGUCAAUAUUGUCAUUAACUACGAUAUGCCAGACUCUGCCGACACCUACUUGCAUAGAGUUGGAAGAGCGGGGAGAUUUGGUACGAAAGGUCUUGCCAUCACCUUCGUUGCAUCCGCCUCGGACUCUGACGUACUCAACCAGGUCCAAGAGCGAUUCGAGGUGGACAUUAAGGAACUGCCCGAACAGAUUGAUACCUCGACCUACAUGCCUUCAUAGGAUACACGAGAAAGGAAGCACAGGUUAAUUAAGGAGUGACUGCAGAUUACAAUGUAAAAUGGCAAGAGUUGUAGCAUGGAAGAGAUAUGAAUUAGUUGGAGUGCAAGCUUUUGGUGAGGUUACGAAGUUUUGUCCUCACAUUAGCAUUUUCCAAGUGCAUCGGUAGAACCGGUCUUACUCAUUGAGUUCCAGUAGCGCUCUUGAUCCUUCUUAGCAAGGGCUGCGGAUGAUUUUCAAGGAGACAUUGGAUUAGGGGGUAUUUGCAGCCCAGAUGCUGCAAGGGAUCAAUCUAAGUGUGCAGAGUGCACGUAGAUCCAGAAUAGAGUGGUACAACGGUAUACAGAAAGUUCGAAUUUUCGUAAUUGUCUUUUUAACAUCACCAAAAUUUCUUUACUAUG